UUUUUUCUUUUUUUCCCUUCCCGACAAGUCUUUGCAGUCAAACAGUAUAUUCUUCCGUAUACAAUAUACAGUGCCAGCGCACACGCAGAGCAAUGUGUCAGGCAAUUUCAGUGCUGAACAAGUCCCUCAGCCAGUCAGUCCUGAGUCUGACAAACCCACAUCAUCUCCCAAAAGUCAAACUCUUUCAUGUUUUAUUUUUCCCAAAAUCUUUAAAAACAAUCAUUUAAUUUUUAUUUUUUUUUAAGCAAAUCAAUGCACCAUCCUCACCAAUCCCCAAAUCACUUCCAAUUCCAUAUUUUUUUAUCAUAACCGAGAAAUCUAUUUUUCAGAAUAAUUUAUAUUUUUAAGAUAAGAGGUUCAAAUACUCUGUGUUUUUUUUUUUUUGAAUUUUCUUGAUGGGUAAAGGAGGUGGGUGCGUGCCGAGCAAGAAAAAGGAACCCAUAACCGAUCACGAUCAAGAUCCUCAAAACCCAGAAAGGAAUCGUCCUGUUUCCGAUCAGAAUCGAACUGGGAACGCAGAGACGACGAACCCGGUUCAAGACGGACAUGUUCAUGAACAAGUUAGGAAGCAGAGGAUUUUCAUAGUGUUCUACUCAAUGUACGGUCAUGUGGAGCUUCUGGCAAGGAGGAUGAAGAAAGGGGUCGAUUCCAUUGAUGGGGUUGAAGGGUUUCUGUACAGGGUUCCGGAGACGCUGACCAAGGAGGUUCUGGAUCAGAUGAGGGUGCCGCCGGAGAAGGAAGAUGCGGUGCCGUUGAUAUCGGCCGAUAAAUUGGUGGAGGCGGAUGGGUUGCUCUUCGGGUUUCCCACUAGGUACGGUUGCAUGGCGGCGCAGAUGAAGGCGUUUUUCGAUUCGACGGGGCAGUUAUGGAGGGAACAGAGACUCGCUGGAGUUCCUGCCGGAUUCUUUGUGAGUACCGGCACGCAAGGCGGCGGGCAAGAAACCACCGCUUGGACAGCUAUCACUCAGUUAGCGCACCAUGGAAUGGUUUAUGUUCCUAUAGGUUACACGUUCGGUGCUGGGAUGUUCAAAAUGGAUUCCAUUAGAGGAGGUUCUCCAUAUGGUGCUGGAGUUUUUUCUGGCGAUGGCACAAGAGAACCUACUGAAGUAGAACUGGCUCUUGCAGAGCAUCAAGGCAAAUACAUGGCCGCCAUAGUCAAGAAGUUUGUUAAACCUCGUUAGCGUGUCCCCGGGCCAAUGCCACGUUUGUAUUUGUAAAUUCAUUCUUGCAGGUCACAAUAUGAUUUGUUGAUGUUCAUUAUGUUCUAUGAAGGUUUUCGAAAUUCAGGUUUUCGAAUAGAUUUUUGAUAGCCGCAGAGUACAUCCUUUUUCAAGCCUGAGUACAUCUACUUACAAUUUUUAGUGGUUUAAGUGGUUUUGUUUUUGUUUUUUGUUUCUAAUUUUUGUCUUCAUCCUUCUUCCCAGUUGUUUUUGUUGUAUAUGGUGUGAAAUUUUUCUGUCCAAUUGUAGCAAUAUCAUGAUAGUUUGCGGGUCUUGUUCAUUUGUACACAUAUUUACAAUGUUUCUUACCGUACAAGUUGAUUUUUUGACGGUGGAUAUAAUAUUUGAUUAUAUUAGCUUACUGA